AUGAGUGAUGUUUUAAAAGUAAUAUUUAUGAUUUUAGAAAUACUCAUUUUAGAAGAUGAUAAUUACGUUGUUGCUGGAGAGAUGGGUUUAUUAGACUUGAAGGAUUUAGGACUCAGUACCUUCUUGCGGUUUACUCCUGCGUUAGCUCAAAAACUUGUAACUUGUAUAGAAAAGGCCUUCCCAUUGCGGAUGAAGGGGAUUUAUAUAAUACAUACCCCAUCCGGCUUUGAAACUGCUUUUCAGAUACUCAAAACGUUUUUGGGGGAUAAGUUGAAGAACCGAUUCCAAGUAAUCGGUCAAAAUAUAGAACAAGUGUAUAGCGUCUUCCCUAAAGAAGUUCUUCCAAAAGAAUAUGGUGGAAUGGCAAAGUCAUUGGACGAAUUAACUGUUUACUGGGGAACCAAAGUUGAAAGCUAUCAGGAUUGGUUCCUGGAACAGGAUAAACAAUACUCGGAUGAAUCUUUGAGACCGGAUAAACCUAGGACAUCAUCUACGUUGUUUGGUGUUGAAGGCUCUUUUAGAAAGUUAGAAGUCGAU